UCAGGAUCCUUUUAGUAAAAUCAUGUGUCAUUUUCAGUUUGUCUAAAAGAUAAGCCUUUCACUUUCUCUCUCUGUCUUAUUAGAAAAGAAAAUUUGUACCGUUUCCAAAGUCUGAGCCAAUCAUUGUGUUGAUUCUGGAAUUCUUUGUGGGAACGAGAAAUUUGUACAAGGGAGAUUCAUCAUGGCUGAUAGUUGUUGUAUCAGACUUCACUUAUUAGCCUCUGUUUUCUUGCUCUUAUUUUCAUCCUUCAACUUGCAGGGUAUUGCAGCGGAAAAUCUUUCCAAGCAGAAACUGACCUCACUGAUUCUUCAGAAUGAGAUUGUAAAGGAAGUCAAUGAGAAUCCAAACGCUGGUUGGAAAGCUGCUUUCAAUGAUCGGUUUGCAAAUGCCACCGUUGCAGAGUUUAAGCGACUCCUCGGUGUUAUACAAACACCAAAGACGGCAUACUUAGGUGUACCUAUUGUAAGACAUGAUUUAUCGUUGAAGCUUCCUAAAGAAUUUGAUGCUAGAACCGCUUGGUCACAUUGCACCAGUAUUCGAAGGAUCUUAGUGGGUUAUAUAUUGAACAAUGUGUUACUCUGGUCGACGAUAACUUUAUGGUUUUGGUUUCUUUUGGGUCAUUGUGGUUCUUGCUGGGCAUUUGGUGCUGUUGAAUCACUGUCCGACAGGUUCUGCAUCAAAUAUAACUUGAAUGUUUCCUUAUCUGCCAAUGAUGUCAUAGCAUGUUGUGGAUUACUUUGCGGUUUUGGUUGUAAUGGUGGUUUCCCAAUGGGUGCAUGGUUGUACUUUAAGUACCACGGUGUAGUAACCCAAGAGUGUGAUCCAUACUUUGACAAUACUGGUUGCUCUCACCCGGGAUGUGAACCCACUUACCCUACACCAAAAUGUGAGAGGAAAUGUGUAAGCAGAAACCAGCUAUGGGGUGAAUCAAAACACUAUGGUGUCGGCGCAUACAGAAUCAAUCCUGACCCUCAAGACAUUAUGGCUGAGGUUUACAAGAAUGGACCUGUCGAGGUUGCUUUUACCGUUUACGAGGACUUUGCACAUUACAAAUCAGGAGUAUACAAGUACAUAACGGGUACUAAGAUUGGAGGUCAUGCAGUUAAGCUCAUUGGCUGGGGAACUUCUGAUGACGGCGAAGAUUAUUGGUUGCUUGCAAAUCAAUGGAACCGAAGCUGGGGUGAUGAUGGUUACUUCAAGAUCAGGAGAGGAACGAACGAAUGUGGCAUUGAACAGAGUGUUGUAGCUGGUUUACCUUCAGAGAAGAACGUAUUUAAAGGUAUUACCACUUCAGAUGAUCUUCUGGUUUCCUCAGUCUAAACAAGACGAUGUGUCCCUACUUCUGUAAUAUAUCAUUUGCAACUGUGUUGUAAGUUUAAUAUACCAUUGAAAGAAUCACCUUCAAUCAAAACAAAAGUAUGUAUAGCUUCUGUUAAUAUUCAAUUUUACAUGUUACCAUGCAA